AUGUACGCUGUUAUCAAAUCAAAAUUAGCUUUGAUUCAACUUGCUGUUUUAUUAUGCAUUUUACUUAUUCAAGUUCAUGGAACACCAACAGCUGAUGAACGACACACGAUUUAUCUUGAAACAUGUCAAGCAAAUUGUGAUGAAAUAACAACUGGUAGUAAAAGAAAAGAAUGUAGUGGUCAAUUUUGUCCAAAUUAUGUUAAUUAUUUAAUUAAUGGUGUAGUAAAUGAUGUUCCACCCUCAUCGGUUAGUGGAGAUAAAAAAGAAGUGGAACAAUUUUGUGCAAAUUGGAUGGUAAAAUUAAUUGAUUCAUUUGGUUGGCAUGCACGUAUUCAUUUGAAUUUGAAAGAGUGUAUGUGUGCUGCAUCAACACAAUGUAUUGUUAAAUAA